GGGGCGGGCCGCGGCUCUGACUUCCAACAUGGCGCACGCUGGCGGCGGCGGCGGCGGCCCCGCGGGCCGGGGGCUGAGCGGCGCCCGCUGGGGUCGCUCGGGCUCCGCGGGCCACGAGAAGCUGCCGGUGCACGUGGAGGACGCCCUCACCUACCUGGACCAGGUGAAGAUCCGCUUUGGCAGCGACCCUGCCACCUACAACGGCUUCCUGGAGAUCAUGAAGGAGUUCAAAAGCCAGAGCAUUGAUACUCCUGGAGUCAUCAGGCGGGUCUCACAGCUCUUUCACGAGCACCCUGACCUCAUCGUCGGGUUCAACGCUUUCCUUCCGCUUGGAUACAGAAUAGACAUUCCCAAGAAUGGCAAGUUAAACAUACAGUCACCUCUGACAAGCCAGGAGAAUUCGCACAGCCACGGCGACUGCGCUGAGGACUUCAAGCAGCAGCUGCCGUACAAGGAAGACAAGCCCCAGGGGCCCCUGGAGUCGGACUCGGUGGAGUUCAACAACGCCAUCAGCUACGUGAACAAGAUCAAGACGCGCUUCCUGGACCACCCGGAGAUCUACAGGUCCUUCCUGGAGAUACUGCACACCUACCAGAAGGAGCAGCUGAACACGAAGGGCCGGCCGUUCCGAGGCAUGUCCGAAGAGGAGGUGUUCACCGAGGUGGCCAACCUCUUCCGGGGCCAGGAGGACCUGCUCUCGGAGUUCGGACAGUUCCUUCCCGAAGCCAAGCGGUCCCUGUUCACGGGGAACGGGCCGUGCGAGAUGAACAGCGUCCAGAAGAGCGAGCACGAGAAGGGUCUGGAACACAGCAAGAAGCGCUCCCGGCCCUCGCUCCUCCGCCCCGUGUCCGCGCCCGCCAAGAAGAAGAUGAAGCUCCGCGGCACCAAAGACCUGUCCAUCGCCGCCGUGGGCAAGUACGGGACCCUGCAGGAGUUCUCCUUCUUCGACAAGGUGCGCAGGGUGCUGAAGAGCCAGGAGGUGUACGAGAACUUCCUCCGCUGCAUCGCGCUCUUCAACCAGGAGCUGGUGUCCGGCUCCGAGCUCCUGCAGCUCGUCAGCCCGUUCCUAGGGAAAUUUCCAGAACUCUUUGCACAGUUCAAGUCCUUCCUGGGGGUGAAAGAGCUGUCGUUUGCGCCUCCCAUGAGCGACAGGUCGGGGGACGGAAUAAGCCGGGAAAUCGACUACGCCUCUUGCAAGCGCAUCGGAUCCAGCUACCGGGCGCUCCCCAAAACCUACCAGCAGCCCAAGUGCAGCGGGAGGACGGCCAUCUGCAAGGAGGUGCUGAACGACACCUGGGUGUCCUUCCCCUCCUGGUCGGAAGACUCCACCUUCGUCAGCUCCAAGAAGACGCCGUACGAGGAGCAGCUGCACCGCUGUGAGGACGAGCGUUUCGAGUUAGACGUCGUCCUGGAGACCAACCUGGCCACCAUCCGGGUGCUGGAGAGCGUGCAGAAGAAGCUGUCGCGGAUGGCGCCGGAAGACCAGGAGAAGUUCCGCCUGGACGACUCGCUGGGGGGCACCUCGGAGGUGAUCCAGCGGCGCGCCAUCCACCGCAUCUACGGCGACAAGGCCCCAGAGAUCAUCGAGAGCCUCAAGAAGAACCCCGUCACCGCCGUCCCCGUUGUCCUGAAAAGGCUGAAGGCCAAGGAGGAGGAGUGGCGGGAGGCGCAGCAGGGCUUCAACAAGAUCUGGCGGGAGCAGUACGAGAAGGCGUACCUCAAGUCCCUCGACCACCAGGCCGUGAACUUCAAGCAGAACGACACCAAGGCCCUGCGCUCCAAGAGCCUGCUCAACGAGAUCGAGAGCGUCUACGACGAGCACCAGGAGCAGCACUCGGAGGGCCGGAGCGCCCCCUCCAGCGAGCCGCACCUCAUCUUCGUGUACGAGGACCGGCAGAUCCUGGAGGACGCGGCGGCGCUCAUCAGCUACUACGUGAAGCGGCAGCCGGCCAUCCAGAAGGAGGACCAGGGCACCAUCCACCAGCUGCUGCACCAGUUCGUGCCCAGCCUCUUCUUCUCCCAGCAGCUGGACCUGGGCGCCUCGGAGGAGUCGGCCGACGAGGACAGGGACAGCCCCCCGGGGCAGGGCGUCGACCCCGGCGAGCGGAAGAAGCCGGCCCCGGCGCCGCAGGGCAGCCCCCCAGAGGAGAAGGGGGCCUUCGGGGACAUGCCGGCCGCCGAGCAGCCGCCGCCCCCGCCGCCGCCGCCCAAGCCCCUGGACGACGUCUACAGCCUCUUCUUCGCCAACAACAACUGGUACUUCUUCCUGCGGCUGCACCAGACCCUGUGCUCGCGGCUGCUCCGGAUCUACCGCCAGGCGCAGAAGCAGCUGCUGGAGCACCGCUCGGAGAAGGAGCGCGAGAGGCUGCUCUGCCAGGGCCGCCGCGAGAAGGGCAGCGACCCCGCCAUGGAGCUGCGCCUGAAGCAGCCCAGUGAGGUGGAGCUGGAGGAGUACUACCCGGCCUUCCUGGACAUGGUGCGCAGCCUGCUGGAGGGCAGCAUCGACCCCACGCAGUACGAGGACACGCUGCGGGAGAUGUUCACCAUCCACGCCUACAUCGGCUUCACCAUGGACAAGCUGGUGCAGAACAUCGCGCGGCAGCUGCACCACCUGGUGAGCGACGACGUGUGCCUGAAGGUGGUGGAGCUGUACCUGAACGAGAGGAAGCGGGGCGCUGCCGGCGGGAACCUGUCCUCGCGCUGCGUCCGCGCCGCCAGGGAGACCAGCUACCAGUGGAAGGCCGAGCGCUGCAUGGCCGACGAGAACUGCUUCAAGGUGAUGUUCCUCCAGCGCAAAGGGCAGGUGAUCAUGACCAUCGAACUUCUGGACACGGAGGAGGCCCAGACAGAGGACCCCGUGGAGGUCCAGCACCUGGCCCGGUACGUGGAGCAGUACGUGGGGACCGAGGGUGCGUCCAGCUCGCCCACCGAGGGCUUCCUCCUGAAGCCCGUGUUCCUGCAGAGGAACCUCAAGAAGUUCCGCCGCCGGUGGCAGAGCGAGCAGGCGCGGGCGCUGCGCGGGGAGGCGCGGGGCUCCUGGAAGCGGCUGGUGGGCGUGGAGGGCGCGUGCGACGUGGACUGCCGCUUCAAGCUCAGCACGCACAAGAUGGUGUUCGUCGUCAACUCCGAGGACUACAUGUACCGCCGCGGCACCCUCUGCCGCGCCAAGCAGGUGCAGCCGCUGGUGCUGCUCCGCCACCACCAGCACUUCGAGGAGUGGCACGGCCGCUGGCUGGAGGACAACGUGACCGUGGAGGCGGCCAGCCUGGUGCAGGACUGGCUGAUGGGCGAGGAGGACGAGGACAUGGUGCCCUGCAAGACGCUCUGCGAGACGGUGCACGUGCACGGCCUGCCCGUGACCCGCUACCGCGUGCAGUACAGCCGCCGCCCCGCCUCGCCCUGACCUGCGCGCCGCCUGGGUCCCCUGGGGGGCGUGGUCACCGACGACCUGGGGGGGCGUCUCCCGGCCCGCCGCUGCGGGACAGCUGCUCAGAGCAGGGCGCCGCCUCCCCCGGCGCCUCGGCCUCCCGUGGGCCGCCGCGUGCCAAACCUGAGCCUCCUGCCCUCCAACCCCGCGCUCAGCCCCCGCCACGGUGGGGGUGGGGGGCGCCCCGCCAAGGAGCAGCGCCCGCGCCUGCGCGCCUGCCCGGCCCGUGCGCGCGCCACACGUGCCAAAUCCCGGCGGCGCCACCGUCCGUGUCCGCAGGUGUCUCGGGAAGGCGGCAGGUGACGAGCCUCUCGGGACACGCCCCUGGGAGGGGCCGGCGUCCAGAGACGCUGACCAGGAAGGAGCAGGGCCCUGGGUGGACCCGCUUGAAAAGCGAGUCCUUCCGAACGUCCUGAGAGCUUCCAGAAACGCCGAGCCGAUGCCCGGGGCCUUCGGGGAGCCCCUCAGCCGGGGGCCGCGAGGCCGGAGGGAGGCCGGGCCGCGGCGGGGCUGUGGUGGAGAGGUGGACACGCACACGCGUGUUUAUGCCCUUCCGCGCGCUCAGUGGCGUGACUCCUGCAGCGCCCGGGCUCCUUGGGGGCGAGACCCCUCCGUGGGACUCUGAGCGCCGCCCUGACCCCGUCCCUGCACCCGCCGCCCGGGGAGCCACGGUCCUCCGCCCAUCCCAGGCUCCUCGCGGGCCAGCCUGGCCUCGGCGGGUCAUUUCGUCCCUUUGUGAGGGGCGGAGGUGACUGUCGCGCGGAGGCUCUGGGUGCCAAGAGUCGGGAGCGGCUGGGGCUGGGGUGCCCAGCGCCCCCCAUGCCGAGAGCCCCCGGCCUGCCCUGGCGCCCGCGCACCUGGGCGGCUCCACGCACAGGUAGGCCGGGAGCAACCACAGCCCUCGCCCUGCCUCAGCUGUGCCAAACUCUAGGCUCCUGGAGGUGGCGCGUGUUUCUGGAAGUUUCCUGGGGACCUGGGGACUCUGAGGCGGAUGCGCCGGCCCAGGGCCGCCCCCCGCGCUUCCCCAGCGCGACGCAGGCACUUUGUCCCCGUCCAUCCUUGCUACCCUCCGUUGCCGAACGGAUCUUGGCCGAGCCUGCGGCCCUCCUGUGCCUGGCCUGUCCCCGAGCCUCGCGGGCCGCACAGCCAGGCCGAGACCCCGCCGAGCCCCCCUGCCACCCGAGCCCAGCCCAACCCCGCAUGCUUCUAGGGAGCGUCUCUUUUCCGUUUUUUUUGAGGAAUUUCUGUUCCGGGCCUUGCCCUUCCUUUGCAGCUGUUUUGAAUGUAGUUUUCCUUUUCUAUUUAUUUGCACAUUAAAGUUAAAAAUUAAAUAUUGAUGUAAAGCCC